AUGGCUAGAUUUCUGAUCUCAAUUCCUGAAACUAAAAGAAUUUAUCUGGUGCUAGCACUACUGACAUUGGAGGUACAUGCCAAAGGUCUUCCUCUGAGCAUGGCUUCUACAAAAACCAUGGACAGAAAAGAAGCAGACCAUCACGAUCAUGUUGCUUUAUUGGAUUUCAAGUCAAAAAUACAGCAUGACUCUUAUGGGAUCAUGAACUCGUGGAAUGACUCUCAUCAUUUCUGCUCAUGGGAGGGUGUUCUAUGCGGUCGAAGGCACAGAAGAGUGACCAGCAUAGAUCUUCAAGGCAGGGGCUUGGUUGGCUUCUUGUCACCGUUUCUUGGGAACCUCAGCUUUCUUCGUGCGUUGAUGCUAAGAAACAACACCUUUCAAGGUCGAAUCCCACCCCAGUUUGGAAAUCUUUUCAGGCUGCAGGAACUUUAUCUGUCAAUGAACUCCCUGGAAGGCGAAAUUCCAAGCAAUCUAUCCCGGUGCUCCAAGCUUGUGCAUCUUUACCUAAGCAGCAAUAAGCUGGUUGGGAGAAUACCGCCGGAAUUUGGUUCUCUGAGGAACCUUGAAUCCCUAGUUAUUCAAAACAAUAGCCUUACAGGAAAUAUCCCUCCUUCCAUGGGGAAUUUUACUUCCCUGAGUUUACUAUCUGCGGCCAUAAAUCAUUUGGAGGGAAAAAUUCCUGAAUCCUUAGGUCAGUUGAAAACGUUAAAAGGCAUUGGAUUUGGCGAAAACAGACUAAAUGGUAACAUCCCUGUUUCUGUCUAUAAUCUUUCUCAACUGGAGGUUUUGUCUCUGCCAAGUAAUCAGCUACAUGGAACUCUUCCUUCAGCAUUCGGUCUCAUGCUUCCUCGCCUUGAGUAUCUCCAGUUGAGAGACAAUCAGUUCUGGGGGUUACUUCCAGCCUCUUUGUCAAAUGCCUCUGAGCUAGGCUGGAUCGACAUUGGAGACAAUGGAUUCAGCGGCAGAAUAGCAGUUGAUUUUGGAGGCCUGCAAAAUUUUAUUUUGCUAUCUGCUGCAAAUAAUAGUUUUGGAAGUGGGGAAGUACUGGAUGGAUUGCAGUUUCUCAGUACCAUGACAAACUGCAGCCAAUUAUUAGGAAUUGACCUAGGUGGCAACCAACUAAAGGGGAUCUUGCCCAACAGUAUCGGUAACUUAUCAUCCCAAUACUUGUCACUUGGUGGAAACCAAAUAUACGGAGAAAUUCCUUCAACGGUAGGUAAUCUCAUCAGCUUAACGACUUUAUUUCUUGACAGUAAUCAACUCACAGGGACGGUUCCUAGUACAAUUGGGUAUCUUCAUAAAGUCCAGCGGCUGUCUCUUCAUUCCAAUAAAUUGUCAGGAGAAAUUCCAGAGUCUGUAGGAAACCUCUCACUGUUGAAUGAACUAUAUUUAUAUGAUAACCACCUGUGGGGAUCCAUUCCACCAGCUCUUGGAAACUGCAAGCAGUUGUUACUCCUACGACUUUCUCAAAACAACUUGAGCGGUACGAUACCAAAAGAGAUUUUUGGGAUUUCUUCCCUGUCCAUUUCAUUAGAUCUUUCCCAGAACAGUUUAUCGGGAACAAUCCCAUCAGAGGUUGGCACCUUGAAAAAUUUAGCUGGAUUGGAUCUCUCACAAAAUCACCUGUCAGGUGAACUUCCUGAGACCUUUCGUGGUUGUGGUAGCCUUGAAUACCUUUCUCUUGCUGGUAACUUUUUCCAGGGAUCUUUUCCUGAAUUCAUUCGUUCUUUAAGUGUCCAAAUUCUUGACCUUUCUAGUAAUAAUUUUUCUGGCCAAAUCCCCCAAUAUAUGGCAAGUAUAUCAAUUAAGACCCUGAAUUUGUCCUUCAAUGAUUUCUCGGGUGAGGUGCCAAGACAAGGUAUUUUUGGAAAUGCUAGUGCAGUAUCAGUUGUUGGGAACAGGAGACUCUGUGGAGGCAUUCCUGAACUACAGCUGCCAAAGUGCCACCCUCUAGGAGAGUCAAAGAAAAAUAUGAAGCCUCUCAGGUUCAUCAUACCAGUGGUAAUUACAAGUUCCUUCCUGGUGAUAGUGGUAAUCUCAAUCUCAAUUUUCAGACUGCGGUCAUUUAAAAGGAGAAGGACCCAACCAAAGUCACCAAACUUCUCAGGUAGACUCUUCCUGAGAGUCAGCUACAGACAACUUGUUCAAGCUACUAAUGGUUUCUCUGCAGAAAAUCUAAUUGGUGCUGGUAGCUCUGGCUCCGUAUACAAAGGAGUGCUGACUGAAGGACGAAACUUGUCGGUGGCUAUCAAAGUCUUUAACCUUCAACACCAUGGAGCCUUCAAGAGUUUUAUUGCUGAGUGUGAUGCAAUGACAAACAUCCGGCAUCGGAACCUCGUGAAGAUUAUAAGUUCUUCCUCAGGUCUGGAUUUCCAAGGGAAUGAUUUUAAAGCUUUAAUCUACGAGUUCAUGCCCAACGGCAGUCUAGAAACUUGGUUGCAUCGAACAGAUGAACAUCAGCAGCACAUUUUUCCUAUACCAAACCUUGUUCAGAGAAUUAAUGUUGCUAUUGAUGUGGCUUGUGCCGUUGAUUAUCUACAUCACCAUUGCCACAAGCAGAUUGUUCAUUGCGAUCUAAAACCAAGUAAUGUUCUACUUGACAGCGAUCUGACAGCCCAUGUUGGAGAUCUUGGGCUGGCAAAAUAUGUUCAUUCAGCUCCAAAUUUACAGGAAACGAGCUCUGCUGGAAUCAGAGGAACUAUUGGAUAUGUAGCUCCAGAGUAUGGCUUAGGUGCUGAGGUAUCAAGUAAUGGAGAUGUCUACAGCUUCGGAAUCCUAUUGCUGGAGAUGAUGACAGGGAAGAAGCCUACACAUCCUUUGUUCACUGGAGGCCUUGAUCUUCAUACAUACGUUGAAAUGGCAAUUCCUGAGCGUGUGAUGGACAUUGUGGAUCCAGUACUUCUGUGUGAAGAUCACAGAAGAACUACAGCAGCCAAUAACAGAAGCAUUCCACUAGGAGAAACAAAAUGCAGUUUACCAGAGCAGUGUUUGAUUUCAUUGCUUAAAGUUGGCUUGGCUUGCUCCAUGCACUUACCAGAAGAUAGAAUGAAUAUGACACAAGUUGUUAAUGCCUUGAAAUCUAUCAAGGACACAUUUACCAUGGCAGAACUUUGAAAUAGCUCUGACAUACAGAGAAACCUUUAAAAUUCAGAGUGUACUCUGACACUUGUGCUCUUAUCUACAAUUCUCUCAUUUCAUUGUAAAUGAACUUGUAUUCUUCUUGGCUUAGCGCAUUUGUUUUA